ACCAGGGAGAGAAGGGCAGCAUAACUUGUCCACUUUAAACGAGGACAACAAGAAGAAAAGGGCACUUUGUUUAAGAAAAAUGGACAACUAGAAACAGAGAUGUGCAUGUAGAUGUGUGACAAGUUCAGGUCCUCAGAAAAUGGAAUUUCGAGGAGAAGGAAACAUAUAAGGGUGUUGGAUUACUUUGAGCUGCGUAAUAGGAUUAAAGUGGUGAAGGACAAUCAUAACGCACGAUAGAAGGAUCAGAAGGAUCUGUGGAUGGAGGGGUCUGGCAGUCCUCGUUUCAGAAAGCUCCAUUUCCCUGUGGGUCUGUGGAUCAACUCGCCCAGGAAACACUUUGCCAAGCUUGGUGGUCGCUGGCCGAGUGCUCUUUCUGUCAAGUCGACCACCAGCUCUGACGCAGCUUCUCUCCACGAGGCCCCCUCUGCUCCUUCCUCUUCCCUUUCUAACUCCACCCACUCGCUGGCUUCCCCUACCCCAUCCCCGUCUCCCUCCCCGGCCUUCCUCAGGCCCCGGCCUGCUGCUCCCCAGUCCCGCACAAAGCGCCUUUCCCAUCUCUUUCUGCGGGGGCGCUCCAACAGUGAUCGAGACAGGGCAGUGGGUGAGAGGGAGAGAGAAGUUUGGGCACAUUCAGCUGCUCCCUCCUCCCACCAUUACUUGCCCCCUGCCUCCUCUUCAGCCCCAGGCCUGAUCAAGAUCUAUGGGGAUGCCUUGUCUAGUGGAGCCAACUAUCGCUCUCUGCUGGCCAACAUCCACUCCACAGCCAGGCAGCUCAUCGUCCAGGUCAUCACUCGCUACACAGAGAGAGAGAGGGAGGAAACGGAUGACGCAGUUGUCCAAAAACACAGCCCUGAGGACUUCCUAUUGUGUGAUGUCAUUGGAAAGCCCAUCCAGCAGCCAGAUGGAGCUUUCAAAUGGGAGACAGAGUGCCGGAGAAGUGUUGCCCCAUGGGAAUGUCCCUUGCUGUUAGUGGACAUGUGGCGGCCUAAGGAUGGAUUUGAGCGGCGCUUUGAAAUCCAAAGGAGAGACGACUAUGAGAGAGAAGAAAGAGAGAGAGAGAGGGAGGGAGAGAAUUACCAAGGUGUGCGCUGGCGGCGGAGCAGGAUGUCGUCAGGGAGCGGACCAGAGGAGAGCGAGCGCGGUCACCGCGGAAGGAACACAGAGCUCAGGAGGAGCAUCAGUGACAUGAACCUGAGUCUGCGGCGUCGCCAGGGCAACCAUGUCAGCAAUGAGGCACGUGGCUCUGGCAGCCAGGCCAAUAACAAUGGUGGAGUACAGGACAGGAAGAACAUUGUGAGCAUGAUCAGCCCACAGCCAGGAGAGAACAGAGCGUCAAAGGUUCAAGCAAAGGUCGGCUGGACGAACCAGCCAGGAGAGGAUGAGAGAGAUUACUCCACCUGCGACCUGGAAGUGAUGUCACAAAGUCUGAUUCUCCCGCCAACAGACCGGCCAUACUUCCUGUUGCUGCAGGGUUAUGACCAGACCAAGGACUUUGUUUUGUACAUCAUGGCGGGACAUACACAUGUGUUUGGACGAAAGUCCACAAUGAGAGAGAGGGAGAAGGACAGAGAGAGGGAGAGGAAAGGGAAGAGGCCGCUGAAGGUGGACACGUUCCUCUCUGCUCCUGAUCUUUUGGCUCGACAUUUACUGGUGAGGAGAGAUGCAGCUGUUCCUGAGACGCCCACUGGACAAGCUCUAAUGCGGCCCUUCAGGGGAGGUGCAGUGACACACAAUGGCGUGGCCCUUUAUCGAGAGACUGUCUUAAAGCCUGGGGAUGUGAUUGGUCUUGGGAACCAUUUCCUUUUCCUGUACCGUGACCCCCGCGUCACCCCAGCUCCACCACUGGCUCUGACUCUGCCAUGGCAGGCUGAUGCCUCCACCACCUGCUGCCCCUCAGGACUGGUGGACAGACAGGAAGCUCUGAGGCAAUACCUUGGAUCAACUGAGGCAGUUUUAAAAUUCCAUCCCCGCCAUGCGGACGCCUUGUUACAGGAGAUCAUCUCCAAAAACUCAUCUCCAGACUCUGGUGGUGGGCCUUUGGCUCCUGCGUAUCUCCUGUCAAUCAUGAUAGAUCACGCCUCCAAACACCUGGACCCUGCUCUCACACCACAGAUAUUACUCAAGUCGGCGAAUCUAAUUAAAGAAAUUGUCUGGGAUAACAUUAAGGAAUUUGGGGAUAAGCAUCCCACGCAAAAUUCGACAGAGCAAGAGGCUGAGGUAAGCACACCCAAUGUUCAGAAACUGUCGUCCGACCUUCGGCCCCUGAUGUUCUGGAUGUCAAAUGCGACAGAGCUUCUUAACUUCUUCCAGGUCAGAGUCGAAACCAUGGAGAAAGAGUGGGAGUUUGAAGCCCCCGGGGACCCAGUUUUGACAGCUGACAUGGACACCUGCUCAGAGGCUCUGGCACAGCUGGAUGAUGUCAUUAUGCACACCUUCCAGCAGUGUGUGUAUCACCUCACCAAGACCCUGUACUCACUACUUCCAGCUCUCCUGGACACCAAUCCAUUCUCCACUGAGGAGAAAGAGAAGGAGAAAGAUGGAGCUGGGGGUACAGACGGAGAAGAAAAAAGAGGAGAGGAAGGAGAGGUGGACGAUGUGUCUGCCCUACCGCCGACAGUUGCUGGGCUGGUGGAUGUGUAUCGCUGCUCCCUCAUGCUUUCACGGGAAGCGUGUCUAUCCCAGCCUCUCACCUCCCAAACCUUUGGCUACCUCUUCUUUUUCACCAACACCUCCCUGCUCAAUACUUUGUUGGAGAGAGAUGGAUUGUUCUCCUGGUCCAGAGCUGUCCAGAUUAGAACAAACUUGGACCUGGUUCUGGAUUGGCUACAAGGGGCGGGAUUAGGAGACAUUGCCUCUGAGUUUAUGAAGAAACUGUCCAUCACAGUCAACUUCCUGUGCAUUCCCAAGACUCGACUGAUCCAGUCAUCCUGGACAAGUCUACAAGAUGACCAUGCCUUGUUAAGCCCCUCCCAGCUGCACCAUCUGCUCACCCAUUACAAGCUGGGACCAACCAGAGCUCCACCUGGAUCCUGGGACCCCCCAUCAGGCACAGAGCUAAGCGGAGACAUCUUUGAGAGCUUCCUGGACCAUCCUCCUCUAAUCCUGCCAAAUGAGACUCCACGCCUUGACCUCUCUCAGCCAAUCCCAAGCCCCGAGCUCCAAAAGGAAGUGACCCGUCUCCGCACCUUCUUGUGGGGACUCGACCAGGAUGAGCUCCCUGCCAAUCAGAGGACUCGGCUUUGAGGCAGCCUGUAUUUGUCUCGUUAUGGGUGUCUCAUAGAAGUCAAAAUAAUAUCACCAGAUAAGACAAACUGCAUAAAAUCCAAACUGGACAUGUGUUCUUCAUUGUGUUGUCUCGGUUUUCCUUUGCUUUUUGGGUGACAUUUCAAUAUCAGUACAUAUAUUCACCUGGGUAUUUUCAAUUAAAACAAAUGUAUUGGCUUUGGUCUUUAUAGAAUUAAUUUUAAAAGCAGGGAAUAAAACUCUAUAUCUGUUGGGCAA